CCACCCAUACCAGGACCGACAUAACUCUCUCUCUCUCUCUCUCCCACCCACCCACCCCGUAAACACUAUUUUCCAAGUGGUUCGAGAUGUAUGCCAAGAUGAACAGAUAGUUGGUAAAAGAGAAAAGGCUUAAGAUUAUCAUAUUCAACAUUGACUUUCUUGGUCUUGGGAUUAAAGUUGCUAUUCCAGUGUGCUCUGAGUUUGCUCAUCAAAUGGCUGAGAUGAUUGGUCCAAGAUUGUACGGAUGCUCCAAUUGUAGAAAUCAUGUUGCACUUCAUGAUGAUAUUAUCUCUAAAGCAUUUCAUGGAAGAAAUGGUCGAGCAUUUCUAUUCUCUCAUGCUAUGAAUGUUACUGUGGGGCCUAAGGAAGAUAGGCAGCUAAUGACUGGUCUUCAUACAGUUGCUGAUGUUUAUUGUGGUGACUGCCAUGAGAUAUUGGGAUGGAAAUACGAGAAAGCAUAUGAGGAAACACAAAAGUAUAAGGAAGGGAAAUUCAUUCUGGAGAAGUCGAAAAUUGUGAAGGAAAACUGGUAGUCCAUGGUAAAGUUCUUCAUUUACCACCUUGAUGGAUUCGCAACGGGGUUCCUUUGAAGGAUUCUCAUCAGUUUCAAAUGUUAAUUCAUUGUUCGUUCCUGUGCAUAUCUGCUCUAUUUCUUCUGUAAAAUCAUGUUGAUGAUUGUGUAACAUGUGAAUAAGUUUGUUAA